ACCACUGCUUCCUUCCCCGGCAGUGGGAAUGGAAUUUUUAAUACAAUAUUGUGUCAGCAGACAAUUAUCUGUUGAGAACUACAAGGGCAUUGCCAGGGCGUGCAGAGAUGCAGUUGGAAAAGCAAAAGUUCAGCUUGAAUUGAAAUUGGCCGAAGAUGUCAAAAACUACAAGAAAGGGUUCUUUGGGGAGGUAAACAACAAGCAGAAACAGAAGAAAAAUAUUGUCCCGCUGUUAAACAGGAGAGGUGAAUUAGUCACCAACAACACUGAAAAGGCAGAGCUGCUCAACAUUUUCUUCACCUCUAUCUUUACCAGCACUGUUGGGCCUCAGGCCUUGGGAACAAAACUCCAGGUUGAUGCAAACACAGAGCAGCCAUCAGUGAAGGAAGAGUUGGUACAUGAACUAUUGCAGGAGCUUGACCCAUACAAAUCGAUGGGCCCUGACAGUGUCCACCCGCGGGUGUUAAAAGAGCUAGUUGAUGUUGUGAGGCCGUUCUCCAUAAUCUUUGAGAAGAUGUGGAGAUCGGGGGACAUCCCAGAAGACUGGAAGAAGUCUAAUGUCACCCUCAUCUACAAGAAAGGCUUAAAGGAGGUUCCAGGAAAUUUUAAGCCUAUCAGUCUUACUUCAGUCCCUGGGAAAUUAAUGGAAUGAAUCCUCCUGGGGGCUAUCACAAGUCAAAUAAAGCACAUGAUUGGGAAAAGCCAGCACGGAUUCACCAAGGGCAAAUCGUGCUUGACAAACCUGAUCGUCUUCUACGACAAAGUAACCUGCUCAGUUGAUGUGGGGCGAGCGGUGGGCAUUGUCUGCCUGGAUUUCUCCAAGGCUUUCGAUAUGGUUCCCCACAGCCUCCUCCUAGAGAAACUGAUGUGUUAUGGUCUAGACAAGUGGUCCAUGCAGUGGGUAUUGGACUCAACAUUGUUUACUGUCUUUUCCUCUUGUGUCCAGUUGGAAUGUUCCCAGGAGUAACUUGUACCCAUUACCUGGCUGGAUCUACUCCUGGUGAGAUUCUGACUGGACACAAGAGGAAAAUUUUUCGCAAUGAGAACAAUCAGCCAUUGGAAUAAUCUCACCAGGGAAGUGGUGGAUUCCUCAACAUUGGACACUUCUUUAAGAUUCGGCUGGAUGGGGUGCUGGGCCAUCUUGUCUAGACUGUGCUUUUGCCAAGAAAGGUUGGAUGAGGUGAUCCUCAAGGUACCUUCCAACCUGGUAUUCUAUGAUUCACUUCAUGAUUAGUGGGAGCAAGAGAGACUUUUAAGCCCUCCUACCUCCAGCAGAAUCCACCCGUACCCAGCACCUCAGCAGAGGCAGCCUGAGACAGCUCCACUUGGCUGUUCCUUCCCCAGCACACCAGGGACAAGGCUGCUUGGGGGAAGCUGGAAAGAACAACACAGUGUAUUUGCUGCAGUAUUUUAAGCACAAAGAGAAACCAGGCUAUGAUUAUAUUCCAUGUAGAUGUGAACAGAUUGAACAUAGUCUAAUUUAUGAUUCUUAUGUUAAAAUUGCAAUGUGUGAGCUGCUAAGGUGACUGAGGAUCGAGUGACAGCAGCAAGAUGCAGGUCAGAUUGCAACAGGCAUCAGAGUUGGACGGAUGCUCGAGGGCAGGUUCCUCUUGUUUCUCAGAUCCACAUGGCAUUUGGUGAGGUUUAUGUGGAGAUGAAUGUCUCACUCUGUUUUCAGUUGGUUUGCCCAGGAGCAUCGUGGGGAGGUGUGGGGACCAAGAGCAGGUUGCGAGAACAGACCUUGCAGUGCCGUGUGUGCCUCUGUCAGCCUAAUUAAAGUCUAAUAAUUGGAAUUGCCCUUCUCUUUAUGUUUAAUUAUGAGGUAGCACUUUAUUUGAGAGGGCAAAAGUAACCCUGUAAUUACAUUGUACAGUUACUCAGUUAUUAGCCGGUCUCCGAUGCUGCAGACACCCAGGAGCGCCCAUGGCAGGCUGUCAUGGGGCUACCCGGGCUGGACAGGACCCCUGGCAAAACCAUCCUCUCUUAACCAGAUCACACACAGACCCUGCAGGGUCGAGGACAACAUGAGGCUCCAACCAUGAGCGGAUGACCGCUGGCAGUGAGGCGCAUCUGUGGGAGCCUUUGGCUCAGUUUCUGUGGGUUGCCGAGGCCUCACCAUCCCACAUCCCCAGCGCACCCAGCCCGGCUGCUCUCACCCACAGGCACAGGCUGGGUCUGCCAGCUCUGAGCGCUGCCCAUGCUGAUGCCCCACGCUCGGCAGAAGCGUCCUCGUGCUGCAGGGCAUUGCGGUGCACUGCAGUGUGCAAACUGUUGAGCAGCAUCUGCCAAGAAACUAAGGUGUUUUAAAAACAAAUUAUUUAAGAAAUAAAGAAUGGAGGAGUGCAGAAGGCUGCUAUGAGCAGCCCUGUGCUUCUCAGCCAUCCGGCCCCAGCCUGGGCUAGUGCACGGGGUUGUUCCUCCCCAGGGGCACGAGGUGGCAUUG